CUCCCUCUGCUUUAAAUGCUGAGCUGAGACUGAUAUUCUCAGCUUCUACACAAAUUCUUAUUCCCAAUGGGAGCUGUUUUUGCAAUUCCAAAACUGCUUCUUGCACUCGUCGUCUUCUACACUACAAUGUUAUCAUUUGCAACCAUUGGAUUGGCAGCCACCGCUAAACUUCACAGUGACGAAGUGGAGAUACUGAAGAAGAUAGGGAAGAAACUGGGGAAGAAAGAUUGGGAUUUUGGAAUAGAUCCCUGCAGUGGAGAAGGGAAUUGGCAGAGAUUGGGUGAAAGAAAAGGCUUUGAAAGCAAUGUGACAUGCGACUGUACCUUCAACGGCAAUUCCUCUUGCCAUGUCGUAAAGAUAGAUAUAUGCAGAGCUAUGAAGGCGCAAAAUCUAUCAAGUACUCUACCACCAGAGUUUUCCAAGCUUCCCUACCUCAAACAAUUAGAUCUCAGUCGAAACUACCUCACUGGUUCAAUACCUCCCCAAUGGGCUACCAUGCACUUGGUCGAGCUCUCUCUAAUGGGGAACAGCUUGUCAGGUCCCUUCCCAACAGUUCUCACCUGGAUCACCACCCUCAAAAACUUGAGCAUUGAGGUAAACAGAUUCUCAGGACCCAUUCCACCCGAAAUUGGAAAGUUGAUCAAUUUACAAAAACUUAUCCUGUCCUCAAAUGCUUUUACAGGAGAACUGCCAAUUGAGCUUGCCAAGUUAACCAACUUGACUGAUAUGAGGGUAAGCGACAAUAAUUUCUCUGGAAAGAUACCUGAUUUCAUUGGUAAUUGGACACAGAUUAAGAAACUGCAUAUGGGGGGUUGCUUUCUCGAGGGGCCAAUACCUUCAAGCAUUUCUGCCUUAAGAAGCUUAAGUGAUCUGAGGAUAACUGACUUAAAAGGUCAACGAUCUACUUUCCCACCAUUGAGUAAUAUGGAAUCCAUGAAGACGCUGAUACUGAGGAAGUGCCAAAUUUAUGGAGAGAUCCCUGGAUAUAUUGGAUAUAUGGAAAAACUUAAAAUUUUAGACCUCAGCUUUAACGACUUAACUGGUGAAAUUCCAAUGACCUUUGUCCAACUUGCUGAUGUAGAUCUCAUCUAUUUGACAGGAAACAGGCUCACUGGAAGCAUACCCGGAUGGCUCCUAGGAAGAAACAAGAAUGCGGAUGUCUCUUACAAUAACUUCACUUGGGAGAGCUCGAGUCCUGCAGAAUGUCCACGUGGGAGUGUAAACUUAGUGGAGAGCUACUCGGCAGAAGAUAAAUUAAGUAGAAUUCAUCCAUGCCUAAAAAGGAAUUUCCCAUGUCCAGCUGCGAAUAAUGAGCGUCAUUACUUGUUGCACAUUAAUUGCGGUGGUAAGGAAGCCAGUGUCAAUGGCACCAAAUAUGAAGCAGAUAGAGAACAAAGAGGUGCUUCGAUGUUUUACUUGGGUCAGAACUGGGCUUUCAGCAGCACCGGUAACUUCAUGGACAAUGAUGUAGAAGCAGAUAUCUACAUUGAAACCAACACCUCUGCAUUUUCCAAUAUAUCUGUUCCUGAUUCAGAACUCUACACAACAGCACGUGCUUCUCCCCUCUCUCUGACAUACUACGGACUCUGUCUCAUGAAUGGGAACUACACUGUUAAACUUCACUUUGCAGAGAUUAUUUUCACAAAUGAUAGAUCAUUUAAUAGCCUUGGGAAACGCAUAUUUAAUGUCUACAUGCAGGACAAGUUGGUAUUGGAAAAUUUCAAUAUAGAAGAUGAGGCAGGUGGAGCUGGUAAGCCACUUAUAAAGUCAUUUACUGCGGCUGUCACGAGCGGUACAUUAAAGAUACACUUUUACUGGGCUGGAAAAGGGACAACAGGCAUCCCUGAUAGAGGAGAGUAUGGUCCUCUCAUAUCAGCUAUAUCAGUAGAUCCUAAUUUUGAACCUCCAUCAGAUGGUGACAACAAAGAUCAUUUGAUAAUAGUGGUUGUGGCUGCAGUAGUACUUCUCGGUCUUCUCGCCCUAUGUGUAAUGUGGAGGAAAGGCUGGAUGGGAGACAAUGGCUCUGCAAACAAAGAGCUUAGAGGUAUUGACCUGCAAACAGGAUUAUUUACAUUACGACAGAUCAGAGCUGCCACCGAGAACUUCAAUCCAGCAAACAAACUUGGGGAAGGUGGUUUCGGGUCAGUUUACAAGGGUGUGUUAUCAGAUGGCACUGUAAUUGCAGUGAAGCAACUCUCCUCAAAAUCUAAGCAAGGAAAUCGAGAAUUUGUGAAUGAAAUUGGAAUGAUAUCUGCACUACAACAUCCAAAUCUAGUGAAGUUGUAUGGAUGCUGCAUUGAAGGAAACCAGUUAUUGCUGAUUUAUGAGUACAUGGAAAAUAAUUGUCUAUCUCGCGCACUUUUUGGAAAGGACACAAUACGCAGAUUGAAACUGGACUGGCCUACCAGGCAGAAAAUUUGCAUAGGUAUUGCUAGAGGUUUGGCCUACCUACAUGAGGAGUCGAGGUUAAAAAUUGUUCAUAGGGAUAUAAAGACAAGCAAUGUGUUGCUUGAUGAAGAUUACAAUGCUAAAAUUUCUGAUUUUGGUUUGGCAAAGCUAACUGAAGAUGACAAAACCCACAUCAGUACCAGGGUUGCAGGAACUAUUGGUUAUAUGGCUCCCGAAUAUGCAAUGCGUGGUUACUUGACCAAUAAAGUAGAUGUUUAUAGCUUUGGAGUUGUUGCAUUAGAAAUUGCCAGCGGAAAGAGCAACACAAAUUAUCGUCCAAAGGAAGAAUUUGUUUACCUUCUGGAUUGGGCCUAUGUUCUGCAAGAGAGAGGCAGUUUAUUGGAGUUGGUUGAUCCAGAGUUGGGAUUAGAAUAUUCAUCAGAGGAGGCCGUAGUGAUGCUAAAUGUGGCUCUCUUGUGCACCAAUGCAUCCCCAACUCUUAGGCCUACAAUGUCCCAAGUUGUGAGCAUGCUUGAAGGAGCAACUACCGUUGAAGACUUGCGUUCUGAUCCAGCCGUUAAUUCCAAAUAUAAGACAGUAAGGGAUAACUUCUGGCAGAAUCCAAGCAGCACCCAUAGCAUGAGUAUUGAUGGUCUAUGUACCAAUUCCUCUUGUUCAUAUAUUGAAUUAGGAGAGACGGGUGAUCUUUUAAGAGCUAGUUCAAUUAAAUCGGAUGAGUAACAUUUGUAUCAUAAUAGCACUUGAUUAUAAAGAAACUAGGUGAUUUUUAA